UUGCUUGUGGCUGGGCUGCUAUUAUUUUUUUCUUGGUGGUGGGUGUCAGUUUUCAUCCCGUCGGCACUGUCUGUGCUGGUUUCUUGCUGUCGUUGUUGCUGGGCUGUGCUAUUUCUUGGAGUUUUGUAGCUGUCGGCAGUUUCUGUGACAGAUUUGGGCUUCUCGGCAGUCUCUGUGUAGCUUUCGGCAGUUUACGUGCAGGAGCUUCUUGGCAUUUCUGUGAGUUUAAUUUUUUUGGUGCUUAGUAGAUACGUGCAGCAGUAUUAUUCUUGGCUGGUUUCCAUUUUAUGAGCAUCAUGUCUUCAGAUUCUUUUACUGUGAAAUUUACGGGUAAAAAUUAUUCUGCUUGGGAAUUUCAAUUUCGCUUAUUUGUUUUGGGGAAAGAUUUAUGGGGUCAUAUUGAUGGUAGUGAUCCCGCUCCUACUGAGCCUCCUAAGUUGGCUCAAUGGACAAUUAAAGAUGCUAGGGUGAUGACAUGGAUUUUAGGCUCUGUUGAUCCCCUUAUUGUUCUCAAUCUAAAGCCUUAUAAGACUGCUCAAUCUAUGUGGGAAUACUUACGGAAAGUAUAUAAUCAGGACAAUACUGCCCGGCGUUUUCAAUUAGAAUAUGAGAUUGCCAGUUACACUCAGGGCGAUCUCUCUAUUCAAGAUUAUUUUUCUGGUUUUAAUACUCUGUGGGGAGAGUUUACUGACAUGAUUUAUGCCAAGGUUCCGGAAGCUUCUCUCUCUGUUGUGCAGGCCGUUCAUGAACAAAGUAAGCGUGAUCAGUUUUUAAUGAAGUUACGACCUGAAUUUGAGGUCACUCGCUCCAAUUUGAUGAACCGUGAUCCUGUACCCUCUUUGGAUGUUUGUUUUGGGGAGUUACUUCGUGAGGAGCAGCGUCUUGCCACCCAGGCCACUUAUCAGCAUGACAAAAUGAUACCCAAUGCUGUGGCUUACGCUGCUCACGGGAAAGGCAAGGGACGGGACAUGCGGAACGUUCAAUGCUUCAGCUGCAAGGAAUACGGACAUAUUGCUGCCCACUGUGCCAGAAAAUCUUGCAACUACUGUAAGAAGCCGGGCCAUAUUAUUAAAGAUUGUCCUACUCGUCCCCAGAAUCGUCAGGCUAAUGCUUAUCAGGCUACUGUGGGUUCCUCUUCUUCUGCUACUACAGGAGAUUCUUCUACUCUUACUACAGAGAUGGUUCAGCAAAUGAUUAUUUCAGCAUUUUCAGCCUUAGGGCUGCAAGGAUCAGGUGUCGGGCCAGAUACUCGCGAAGGGGCCUAAAGUUGGACGUUUAUUUCCUCUACAUUUUUCUCUUCCUACUGUUAUUUCGUUUGCUUGUCACACUGUGAACAAUAAGUAUGAAGUAUGGCACAAACGGUUGGGUCAUCCUAAUUCCGUUUUUUUAUCUCAUGUAAUAAAUUCUGGUUUGUUGGGCAAUAAAGAUAAUUUUUCUUCUCA